AUGGAGCAACAGCCGGCCAUGUCGUGGCCGGAACAGAUGCACGAGACAACGCUUAUCCCGGCGCCGGGCGAGGACGAGUUUUCCAACUUCCUCGAAUUCAACAUGCACUUCUCCGAUCUCGAGGGGCACGGACCAGCCCAUGCCCAGCUGCAGGGCCAGCAGAUGGUUGCGCCCACCACCUCCGCCGACAUGCCCGCCGACCCCCGCCAAUUCUCCUCCAUGGAGGGCCUCGCCAUGGACUUCAACGGCCAUGCUCCCGUCACCUCGCACCCGCAACAGCCCGGCCAUGCGCACCGGCCUGCGCAUCCAGACCCGAUGCCCUACUCCACCCCCAGCAUGACCCCGGGAUUCUGUGCCCAGGAUUCCUCCCAGCCCGCGGCGAAUCAACCCUACAUGCAGCGCCAACCGAUGAUUCCACCGACACCGAACAGCAUGGAGUUACACGGCGAUGCGGCCCGGUACUCCCACCGGGUCGACGACAACGCGGACAUGUAUGACCGCUACUCGCGCAUUAACGAGGAACAGGCAUUGUAUACUCCACUCGUCUCUCCCGCCAUGACUCCACUGGAAAAUCAAUUCCGUCUGCCCGAAUACACCAUCCCGGGAGAAUAUUUCACUCCGCUCACCUCGCCUGCUCUGGAGGCGCAAAAUGCCCACCCGUCGAACAAUGCCUACGCAUACCAUGCGCGCCAGGUCUCGGACGUGGGCUUCGUACCGACCAGCGCAGAGGUCAAUCCGCUCCCAGGGACCUCUGCGCCGCCAUCCCCCAGCAUCAUUCGCAAGACCAAUCGCCGGCGAGGGUCAACCGCUGCUACUUCGCGGCUGCCUGGGCGGAGUAAAGUGAAACAGUCGCCUUCGAUCCGGGCACAGACGCAAACACAACGCGCCAGAGGAAAACCUACGCCGAACUCGGAGGAGUUCUACAACAGUCUGACCCAGGAGUUGAACCGGCCGCAAAACAACGACGUCCGCUCGCUCCAGGCAAGCAGCAAUGAAGGCUCGGGCCAGGAUUCGUCGCCUGCGAUCGCCCCGCAGCCGGCCCAGUCCCCCGGAACGGCCGCUACCCCUGCAACCUUGAUGCGCAUCCAGCGUUCGCAGCAUGCGCAUGAUACGUCCGGCCAAUUCGGCGGAGCGCAAUUGGAAGCUCAUGACGAGAUCAUGGAAGACAUCCUGCUUCCAGAGGCGGCAGCCCCGGCCGUCCAGUCGCGGCCCAAGGUCAAUCGGAUUGAGACAAGCAUUCGUACAAGUGCGGCCAGCCCAGUGAUCUCCGCGAACGUGACCCCAUCUCUGGAGCCACGCUCAGCGGCUGAGAGAACCCCAGGAUCAAUCGCUCUCAGCCCGCGUACAGUGGCGAUGCCAUCGCCCAGCGGUCCCGUACCGAAGCGAUCAGACACAUCCCGAGCAUCUGUGUCGAGCAUCUCAAAUCGGAAACGCCCCAGUAUGAGUUCGACUCAAGCGAGUCCCCAAUUGCGGCCAAAGAUCAGUCCUAGUAUCCAGCCGCUCAUGCGCGGUGGUGAGAAUUUGACCCAAGAUGCACUCUAUCUAGCCUCCAAGUCGAACUACCAGCACAUCCUUGAUGGGACACUGCCGUCUGGUGUCUCAUACCCCGAGACUCUCGCAGAGAACUUGAGCUCCAAGCGGACCAACCAUAAACUGGCGGAGCAGGGUCGCCGAAAUCGCAUCAACAGUGCUCUCAAGGAGAUCGAGACCUUGAUUCCACCGGAGUUCAUCCAGGCCCGACAGGCCAAGGAGGCCUCGCUGGGGGUGGUCAAGCCCAACGACAAGGAGAAGGAGAAGCCGGCCAACCAGGCCAUUAGCAAGGCCAGCGCUGUGGAAAUGGCGAUUGACUACAUUAAAGCUUUGAAAAUGACACUUGACCAAACCGCUACGAAAUUGGCCGCCGCCGAGGCCAAGCUUGCUCAAGUCAGUCUCGAUGACAAACCACAGGCCGACAAGGACAAAGAUGUUGAAACUACGGCGACUGAAAAGACGAUCAAUGGCGCUAGUACGGCUGCAGACGGCAGUGGUUCUUCAUGA